CACUUUCCCCAAUUAGCCAGUUCACACUGAACGUAGCUAAUAAUUAAUGGGCACCGACCCUAUAUGGCUGAAAAUAUGUGGACAUCUGACCAUUACACCUAUAUGAGCUUGUUGGACAUCCCAUUCCAAUACCAUGGGUAUUAAUAUGGAGAUGUUCCCCCCUUUGUGGUUAUAACAGCCUCCACUCUACUGGGAAGGCUUUCUACAAGAUUUUGGAGUAUUUCUCUGGGAAUAUGUGCCCAUUCAGUCAAACAACUACGGUCAGGCACUGAUGUUGGAUGAGAAGGCCAGGCUCGCAAUUGACAUUCCAAUUCAUUCAAAAGGUGAUCAGUAGGGUUGAGGUCAGGGAUCUAUGUAGGCCACUGGAGUUCCUCCACACUAAACUCAUCAAAUCAUUUCUUUAUCAUAGCUUUGUGCACAGGGGCACAGUCGUGCUGGAACAGGAAAGGGCCUUCCCAGAACUGUUGCAAUGAAGUUGGAUGCAUACAAUUUUCUAUGUCUUUGUAUGCUGUAAAUUUAACAUUACCCAUCACUAAAACUAAGGGCCCAAACACUGAAAAACAGGCAAGACCAUUAUCCUUCCUCCACCAACUGUACUGCUGGCACUAUGCAUUCCAGUCGGUAGCGUUCUCCUGGCAUCAACCGCACUCAGAUUCGUCACCAGACUUCCAGAUAGUGAAGCAUGAUAAAUCACUCGAGAACAUUUCCACUGCUCCAGAAUCCAGGGGCGGCAUGCUUUACACCACUUUAGCCAAUGGUUGGCAUUGCACAUAGUGAUCUUAGGCUUGUGUGCAGCUGCUUGGCCAUGGAAACCCAUUUCAUGAUGCUACAGACACACAGUUCUUGUGCUGAUGUUGCUUCCAGAGGCAGUUUGGAACUCUGUAGUGAGUGAUGCAUUUAGGGCACUCAGCAGCCCUGCUCUGUAAGUUUGCAUGGUCUGCUGCUUCAUGACUGACCUGUUGUUGCUUCUAGGUGCCUCCAUUUCACAAUAACAGCACUUACAGUUGACCAUGGCAGAUCUAACAGGGCAGAAAUUUGACUUGUGGUAAAAGUGGCAUCCUAUGACAGUACCACAUUUAAAGCCACUGAGCUCUUCGGUGUGAAUCAUUCUACUGCCACUGUUUGUCUAUGGAGAUUGCAUGGCUAUGUGCUUGAUUUUAUCCACCUGUUAGCAAUGAGUUUGACUGAACCACCUGAAAUCAGUAAUUAAGAGGGGUGUCCACAUACUUUUAGCCAUAUAGUGUGUCAUCCAAAUACAUACACAAAUCUUUAUAUAUACUUCUCUUAUCUGACAUUGUUACACUGCUCUGUAAUAUAAUUAUAAUAAUAAACUAUUUUAGAAAUUAGCAAGAAUAGUCCAGUAAGUAGUAGGAAGUAGUGUGAUGGCCUUGGAAGCCCCUUCACAUGGUCAGACCUUUUAUCUCCUGUAUUUGUAAAAUAAAUCUGACUGUAUUUGGAUGCAUGUAUUGUCCAAUUGUCCACUAUAUUGUCUAUCACUUGCUUUUUAAAAAAGGAUUCUACUCAUGUCCAUUAACAUGAAAAUACAGUAUGUGUGCAUAAACAUCUCAACUUUCACCCCUGGAUUAAACCCUUCAACUCACUAUUACUGAUUUGUAACAAUAUCUUACAUAACAACAUAUAAGAUAUUGGUAUUAAUUAAACCUGUGUUACACCUAAACAACAAAACCAGAGAAUGUUUUAGCAGUGCAUAAAAAAGCAUCUGCUAUCUGAAUUGUAUUUUUAAACAUCUGUCCUUUUAAAGGAAGCUCCCUUUAUCUCCACGGCUGGCGGUGGAGCUAAAAAGAACCAGACGCUAUCUGAAGUAGGAGAGUGCCGUCUGCUCAGGCCCUUUUUAAAAACAAGGCCCAGGUUAAAGAUGACAGAGAAGGCACCAUGUGACCUCAAGUCAAGUGGCCUACGUCGGUAGGGCGCUUAUCUAAAAGGAGUUAGAAAGGGAAGGAUGGCACGGAGAAGCCACGGCACUUCAGAAGAGAGCUAUGAAAAAGAAGCUACUGUGUUUGAGUUUAUAUAAUAUUGUUAGCUUUAAUUAAAAUGAGCGAUUGAUUGGAUGGGAGUUGGGGUCAAAGCACAGAAUCAGGAGCCUCCGUGGAGCUGAUGAGGGCUAAAGACUGUUGCUAAAGGAACUUAACUGAGGCUCUUGAGCUGGUUUGGGAUUUGAACUCACAACUCUCCUGGGGUGUGAAAAAAUCUGCUGUUAUUACCAAAUCAUUUGAGCACUGGGACUCAGGGUGGCAAUGACAGAGUGGACACUGCUGAAGCGGCUCCUUGAUGCCGUGCAUCAGCAUUCGACCCUGAUAGGCCGGAUCUGGCUGACGGUGAUGGCAAUUUUUCGGUUGCUGGUGGUUGCCGUGGCGGCUGAAGACGUGUACGCUGAUGAACGUACCAUGUUUGUGUGUGAUACACUGCAGCCAGGCUGCUCUAAUGUGUGCUACGAUGCCUUUGCGCCCAUCUCUCAGCCACGUUUCUGGGUCUUCCAUAUUGUCGCCGUGUCCACGCCGUCACUUUUCUUCAUUCUCUACACCUGGCACAACCUUUCCAAGAUGGCACCUGGGCAAAACACGGACGAGUGUGUGCGGAACUGUAAUUCUGAAAGCUGCUCCAUGACGUCUCAUCAUCACCCGAGAGACAAGGUGGCUGAUGUUCUGGAGAAAAACAUGUGCGUUUCACUACCUCGCAGCACUCUCGUCCAAAAACAUGCCUCUCUGACAAGAGGUUCCUCAGGAGUCCUGUCCAAAGCCUACGUGCUCCAUGUGUGUUUCCGUGCUGCAUUGGAGCUGGCAUUCCUUUCCCUUCAGUGGCUGCUUUUCGGAUUCUACGUCCCGGCUCGUUUCAUGUGUGCCGUCCCUCCUUGUCCUCAGCGCGUGGACUGCUACGUCUCACGUCCCACGGAGAAGAGCAUCUUCCUCAUUUUCAUGUUCUGCGUGGGUGUCUUCUGCAUCUUGCUAAACUUCCUGGAGCUCAAUCACCUCGGCUGGAAGAAGAUCAGAAGGUCAAUGCAAGUAAAGGAAGGAUGGAGGAGCAGUAUUUAUGGAGCAAUAAAUGAGAACGGACGAUCUGGGACGAGCAGUACAACGUCUCUGCCUACACUGGAGCUGCUGGUGGAGAAUCAACCUGAGUGGACGUGUGCAGGAAAUGAGUGCUGCCCACCAUUAAAACACGAGAAAGAAAAGUCUGAAAAGUCACUGCAGAAAGAGAGACACAAUGCAACACAAGUGCUGAGAGGAAAAACACAAUCACAUAAAGGAAGAGUGUCCAAACGAAGUGCUGAAGUCUGGAUAUAAACUGAAUCCUUCUUCACUUAUCCAUAUACCUUUCUGAUUUAGACCUUGCUUUUUGGUAAGUUUUAAAAGUGAUUGACCUUUUCUUUUUUUUAACCAUAACAAAACAUACUGAGUGUGAAACACAAUCACAUGAAGCUCAUCCAAAAAAAAAGUGAUGAGGUGUGAAUAUCAAGCUUCAGAUUUAUGAACAUGACUGUGUCUUUAAUUUAACUGUCAUACAAACAUGUUACAUUAUGUCUAACGAUUUUCCAGUAAUAGUCACCCUAGUCUUUAUAAAACAUUCUUUAAAAUAUUUUAUUUAAAUGUGCAGAUCUAAUUAAUGUGGGUUGUUCAAUUAAUCAGGCAAUUUAUCAGAUAUUGAAAAAUCCUGUGGUCUUCAAAAAACAAGUCUUGAUUGACUUAAAGAACAUUUAAUGAAAGCUACCCAAAGGAGGCGUGUCCAAAUGACUGAGUUCUGGACAUAAAUACAAAAAAAAAAAAACACUUAUAGCCUUUCAGAUUGAUGACUUAAGACAUGCUGCCAUAAAAGUACAGCUUUAGGCCUUUUAUUUCAUUUUAAAGUAAUUUACAGUAUUAAGGAAAAAAUAAGAAAAAGGCAAAACAACCAAAAGGGCAAGACACAAUCAUACAAAAGAAGAAGGGUUGUGGUCUGAAUCAAAACACUUAUCACUUAUCAUUUUGAUUGAUCAUUUAUACUUUACAC